CCUGUUGCUACGAGACCGCGACGCCUUGCGGCCAUGGCGGCCCCACGCGGCGGCGGCCCCGAGCUCCGCGACUACCUCAGGCGGCACGGCCUGAUCCGGGUGUACGAGGCUCUACUUUGUGGUGUAAUUGUUAUGCGUCCAGAAGACCCACUUCUAUUUUUACAGGAAAAGCUCAGAGAAAUAAUGGAAAAGGGAACAGAUGCUGUUUUAUGGUAUCUGUGUAUUGAUCCAUCUUUACACCCAAAAUUGAAGAGGAUUUCAGAAACACACCUUGACACGCUUCUUGGAGUAGAUGCACAACUGAUGACUGAAGAAUUAUGUACCAAAGCACGGAACUUUUACAGCAGAAACUUAAUGAAGCUAUAUUUUGGAGAAUGGAUAAAAUACAAUCUGCUGAAGAAGAACAAAAGAAAAAAGUCAGAGCAGAAGAUGGCUCUGGCAGUAGUUCAUUAUAACAACCAAAUAUUAAAAACAGUCAUACAGAAGUGGAACAUGUGGGUUCGGAUUCACAAGGAGAAAAUUGCAUUAGCAGCAAGCAGACUGCAAGAUAUCUUUAAUAAAAUACAUCUACGUGCUGUCUUGAAACUUUGGCGUGCAGAGGCCCACAGUUCUUCAAAAACUAAUGCAUAUUUUGCGAACCUCACAAAGGAAAGUCAGAAAGGCUUUUCUGAUUCAGGUGGUCUUACUCUCAAACACAAAACAUACCGUUUCCCAGAAAAGGCCUUAUUACAGAUUUUCCGUUAUGUAAAUUUAGUUGAUCUAGCAAGAUGUGCUCAAGUUAGCCAAACCUGGAUGAAACUAACUGAGAACAGUUCACUAUGGAGUGAUAUCAAUUUUUCAUCAGUAAAGCAUAAAGUUCAGGACAAAAUAGUAGUAAAUAUACUGCAGAAGAGGCGUCCUUGUGUACUGCGCUUGAACCUUCGAGGUUGCUAUUCUCUUCACUGGCCAAGCUUUAAAAGCAUCAGUGAAUGUAGGAAUUUGCAAGAUUUAAAUCUCUCUGAAUGUCAGGGAUUGAAUGAUGAAUCAAUGAGACUUAUAUCUGAAGGCUGCAGAUCUCUUCUCUAUUUAAAUUUGUCAUAUACAAAUAUUACCAAUGGAACACUACAACUUUUGUCAAGGAACUUCCCCAAUUUGCAGUAUCUGAGUUUAGCUCACUGCAGAAAAUUCACAGACAAAGGUUUACAGUACCUGGGCACUGGCACAGGAUGUCACAAGCUCAUCUACUUGGACCUUUCAGGUUGCAUUCAGAUUUCAGUUGAUGGCUUCAGAAAUAUUGCCAAUGGCUGCAGUGGGAUUCAAGAUUUGCUAAUCAAUGAAAUGCCAAAUCUUACAGACAGAUGUAUUCAAGCUCUGGUUGAAAAAUGUCGACAAAUAACAUCGGUAAUGUUUCUUGAUUCUCCGCAUCUUUCUGAUACAACUUUUGAAGCCCUUACUAAAUGUAAACUUGUUAAAGUCAGGAUUGAAGGAAAUAACCAAACUACUGAUCUGAGUUUCAAGAUGAUGAGUAAAUGCUGCCCAUACAUCAGGCAUAUUCAUUUUGCAGGUUGCCAGAAGAUAACAGACGCUGGUCUUAAAAUGAUUUCACAACUAAAAUAUAUUCUUGUCUUAAACAUGGCAGACUGCUUAAGAAUCAGCGAUAGAGGUGUAAAGCCAUUUGUACGAGGUUCUUCAGGAGCUAAGCUGAGAGAGCUGAAUUUGGCUAACUGUAUCCAUGUCACUGAUGCUUCUGUCAAAGAAAUAGCACAAAGAUGCCAUCAAUUGACCUACCUUAAUCUACAUCACUGUGAAAAUGUGACUGAUGCUGGAAUUGAAGCUUUGGGAAAUAUGUUGUCAGUGAUAUCCAUUGAUCUCUCCGGAACCUGCAUCUCAGAUGAGGGCUUGAGAGCCCUUGGCCGCCAUGGAAAAAUCACGCAGCUUUCUCUAUUGGAAUGCAAAAACAUCAGCGACACUGGGAUUCAGGCGUUCUGCAAAGGCACUAAGCACCUGGAAUAUUGUCAUGUCUCCUGCUGCCAUCAGCUGACAGAUGAAGCUGUGAAAGCUUUGGCAUUUCACUGCCACAAACUAACAUCUGUCAGCAUAGCUGGUUGUCCAAAGAUGACUGAUGCCUGUAUCCAGUACUUGGCCACAUCUUGCCAUUAUCUCCACUUCUUAGACAUCUCAGGUUGCAUUAAUCUUACUGACAAAGCACUAAAGUGUCUUUGGAAAGGGUGUAAGCAACUCCAGAUGCUCAAGAUGCUCUACUGUAGAAAUAUUACCAAACGAGCUGUCUUGAAAUAUACAGCCAAAUUGGAGCAACACGACUAUAGUGAUGCUGACCCUCCUUCCUGGUUUGGCUAUGACAGGGAUGGUAACACACCUUCACCAAAAAGCACAAGUGAGAACCUGCUGGAACAAAUCCCUCCAAAUGCCAAAUGAAGCAAUGAUGGGACAUCUAGAGCUGGAGGUUUGGGUUGGUUGGUUUUUCACAUGAACAUGAAAAGAACGUCGCGUUAUUUUUCUUGAAAUUAAUCAGACUUCAAUAAAAGACCACGUUGGAUUAGUAA